UAUGAGUCUCACCAAACCAUUCACAAGAAAAAUAACACUUUUUGUCUGUUUUAGCUUCCAACUUUUAUCCAUUACCUUUUGUUUUCUUUCUGUUUCCUAACCAUUUAAACAUCCUCGAUUUCUUACAAACCUUCAAUGUUUGCCACACACUAUUUUGACUCAAAAAAUAUUGGAUUUUGAGUUUCUCAAUCAUGGCAUGUUCCUCAAAAACUCUCUUCCAUGUUCCUAAGUUGAAUGAGAGUAUGCUUCUUGAUUCUAAAUCCAAAGAGGUUUUUAGCAUUUGUCCUUCAAAACAUGGUAAAGCAAAACCAAGCAUCAACUCUAGUACUGUCUCAAUUAAUGCACAUGCAACAAUUUGUGUUAGCAAAAGUUUGAAGUGGUGGAAGAAGAAUUUGAAGACUAAUAUGAUAGAGAUCCAUUCAGCUCAAGAACUUGUUCAUUCUUUGGCCAACGCCGGUGAUGCAUUGGUUGUGGUAAAUUUCUAUUCGCCAGGUUGUGGAGGUUGCAAAGCCCUUCAUCCAAAACUAUGUCAAAUAGCAGAACUAUAUCCAAGUAUAAUAUUUCUGAAAGUGAAUUACGAGGAACUGAGAAGUAUGUCUCAAAGUUUGCACAUUCAUGUUUUACCGUUCUUCAGAGUCUAUAGAGGUGCAGAGGGUAGAGUUUGUAGCUUCAGUUGUACAAACACAACGAUAAAGAAAUUGAAGGAUGCUAUAGCAAAACAUGGAAAUGAAAGAUGUAGCUUAGGUGAAGCAAAAGGUUUGGAAGAGGCUGAGUUGAAGGAUUUGGCGUCAAUUGGUGAAAUAACAAUUGAUUCUCCUUCGUUGUAUUCUAUGGAAGAGAAAUUGAAGGGUUUUUCUGAUGUUUGGAAUAUGACAGCAAGUAAUAACUAAUAAGAGUGGAUUUGUGACAGAUAUCUUAUGGUGAUUGUUUUGAGAUUCAGAUCCAUUGUUUUGUAGUAGCAACUAGGACAUUGAUCUUAUUCUAUUAUAGAAUAAAGAUUAUAAUAAUGGAGUAAGACAACUCAUUAAAUAUGUGAAUAACAUUCUUUGGAGUGGGAAAUGGUUGAUAUUCAAAUUUCAGUUUUUGAA